AUGAACCAGACCUGCAAGGUCUGUGGCGAACCGGCGGCAGGUUUUCAUUUUGGUGCAUUUACAUGCGAGGGUUGUAAGUCCUUUUUCGGACGUUCUUACAACAAUCUGUCCUCCAUAAACGACUGCAAGAACAACGGCGAGUGCAUCAUCAAUAAGAAGAAUCGCACCGCUUGCAAAGCGUGUCGCCUGGCGAAGUGUUUGACGGUAGGCAUGUCGAAAAGUGGCUCGCGUUAUGGGCGUCGCUCGAAUUGGUUUAAAAUUCAUUGCCUACUGCAAGAGCAACAACAACAGGCAGCCGCAGCCAUGGCAGCGCAUCACAAUAAUCAACAUCAGGCUGCUGCUGCUGCUGCCGCCGCCGCUGCGGCACAGCACGGUUGUCCGCCACUCAUGCCGGGACAAAAGCCCCCGCCACCUCUUGGAAUGUCGCCGCAUGGGCCACCCUCCAGCGCUGCAGCGGCUGCUGCGCUUGGUAUACUGGGCCAUGCAGGCGCAUAUCCUGGUCUCUAUCCGCCACGUACAAAAGAGGAGUUACUGAUGCUGGGGCUCGAGGAGUACGCCGCUGCUGCAGCUGCUGCAAAACAUCCCGCCACUGCUUCACCAUCGGUAAGCUCGCCCGAUUCGCACAAUUCGGAUAACUCACUGGAUGUGAGUACGCGUGGCAACGCUGGAGCGAAUGCGCUACUACAUAUAAGUGGGAAACAUCAUGCCGCUGAAACGGGUGGCGUCCCAGCUCCGCCGCCGCCACCACCACAACUACGCAAAGACUUGCCACAUUUCCUACCGCUGCCGUUCCCCGGACUCGGCUCUAUGUCAGUUAUGCCGCCGCCUACAUUUCUGCCACACUCACACCUGCUCUUUCCCGGCUAUCAUCCCGCGCUCUAUUCGCACCAUCAAGGUUUGCUAAAAACCUCUGCUGAGCAACAACAACAAGCGGCUGCUGCCGCCGCUGCCAUGCACCAGCUUUUCAAUUCAAGUAAUACCACGCCGAACCGUUUCCCACCCGCACUACAAACACCCACGACGACGCUACCAGCAGCAAUUGCCGCUGCGAGUAGCAACAAAUUGGACGCUAGUAAGGAUGCUGAUCGCAUAGCGCAAAGUCCGAAGAGUGGUGAUGCGCUCAACAACAAUCACAUACCCAAUGGCAGCAAGGCGGCCGAAGAGCUCACGAAGCGUUUUUACUUAGACGCAGUACUCAAAUCACAGCGCAACAGUCCGCCACCGGCGACAACAAAGCUGCCCGAACAUCCGAAACAUGACUACUCCAUCUCGGCUUUGGUGACACCAAAUUCGGAAAGCGGCCGUGAACGACUACGCAGUCGACAAAGCAAUGAGGAUGACGAGGACGGCGACGCGCGAGAAAACGAUGUACGACGCGCUACAACAAAGAGUGCAACCACUGCUGCUGGUAACACACACUCGAAUGGUGGCAAUGGUGGUGGUGACAGCGAGCGCACCGCAAAAGACCACAGCGAAGACGAUGACGAUGACGAGGAGGAGUUGGUUGUAUCGAUGACGCCACCUCGAUCGCCAGCGAAUAGUCGUGCGCCUAAUAUUGGCGAACCCGACGCCACCACUGUCACCACACCCGCCACCACACCAACGCCAGUUGCAGCGCCAACCGCCAAGCCAACAGCGCUGCAGCAAGACAAUCCCAUCGACUUGAGUAUGAAGACCAGCAGUUCGGUGGCGAGCAGCUCGCUAAGUAGCAAAUGCAGCUCUACGGGCUCAGUGCAAGCAACUGACAGCGACAAUGAGUUGGAAUGCGUAGUGGAACACGAACAAAUGCAGCGUCCGCAACUCAGCGAUGCUAUGGAGAGACGACAAGAAAAGUUGGCGCUGACAGCUGAAAACACGGAAGAAGAACUGCUGCAAGUGGAUUUGGAGGAGGCAGAUAAGCAGGUUACGUUUAAUCCGUGCGCUGAUAUCGGCAAGAAUAAGCAAAAUAACAAUAACAAUAAUGAAAGCAGCAGUAAUAAUUAUAACAACAAUAGCAACAGCAAUAACAGUAACAACUACGGCUAUUGCCAUGCAUCACAGCGCCUGGACUCUAGCGACAGUGAGGAAAGCGUUCUGAAGUUGGAUGUGGUAAAGCGUAAAGUGCAUGCCGUUGCAGGUAAACAAGCUGAAAGUGAAGUGCAAAAUGCCAAACGCCUGAAAUUAGCCACCGCAACCACGCUAGAGUGCGCCGCUAAUGUAAGGCUGGGAGUUGGUGGAAGCACAGAGUCCAAGAUUGCCAGCGACACGUCGUCCACUGAAGUGGCGACCCCAACAACGCCUUUGGAUUUGACUACGAAGGUUUAGUUUAAUUUAUAAGUGAAAAUAUU